AAGGAGCUGGGUUCCGCCCUGAUGCUGAGACAAUAUUUGGGGCAGAUGGCUUCAGUGACUGAUGGUAAAACUGGAAUCAAAGAUGCUUCUGACCAGAAUUUUGACUACAUGUUUAAACUGCUUAUCAUCGGUAACAGCAGUGUUGGCAAGACCUCCUUCCUCUUCCGCUAUGCUGACGACACCUUCACCCCAGCCUUCGUCAGCACGGUGGGCAUCGACUUCAAGGUGAAGACAGUCUACCGCCAUGAGAAGCGCGUGAAGCUACAGAUCUGGGACACAGCUGGGCAGGAGAGGUACCGGACCAUCACAACAGCCUAUUACCGUGGGGCCAUGGGCUUCAUUCUGAUGUAUGACAUCACCAACGAGGAAUCCUUCAAUGCCGUCCAAGACUGGUCAGGAAAUGGGCCGCAGGAGAGGCUGUCACCGGGAGGUGGGCUGGCAGGAGCUGUGAGCGCCUUCCAGCUGGGAAGGCCAGGGGAAGAGAGGCCUGCUGAUACCUGGGACUUCAGCCCCCUCUGUCCAGGGUUUGAUUUCUUUGAAGCCAGUGCCAAGGAGAACAUCAGUGUGCGGCAGGCCUUUGAGCGCCUGGUGGAUGCCAUUUGCGACAAGAUGUCUGAUUCGCUGGACACGGAUCCCUCCAUGCUGGGCGCCUCCAAGAACACGCGUCUGUCAGACACCCCACCGCUGCUGCAGCAGAACUGCUCGUGCUAGCAAGGCCCACCCUCCUAACGCCCCUCAUUGUGACCCCACACUCUGCUUCUCCCUGUCACACACUGUCCACCCCAGCCCCAAGCAAGCUGAGUCACUCCUGUUCUUUGCCUGCCCCUGGGGCUCUUUGCAGAUGGCCCUGAUAACAGCCAGCCAGCCCUAGACUUAAGAGCACAGGUCACUGCAUGGGCGGAGAUUCACUUUACAAAAGAAGAGUCCAUUUUUACAAAGGGGAUUUACUCUAGGGACUUGGUAAGCGAGUUUCUUUCCUGCCUUUAAAAUGAGAGUCCCUCCAUUUACCAAAAUUUGACACGCACACACGCUUUUCAGGGGCUGGCCAACUGUGUAAAGUGAGGGCUCGCCUACACAGCUAAUCCUAUUAAAGAAAACCUCCCAAAGCA